AGCAUGGUUAAUUUAUGAGCUCGCGCAGCUACCCCCAAUGCCCUUUUCACGUGUACGGAACAUGCUGAAUCUAUGUAUCCCUAUCGAUUUUCACGUCUGGCUGUGCCGACUCCUAUUCCAACAAACCGGGGGAUAGCAGAAGAGCUAACGCCACUCAAGAGUCAAAAUCACCGAAUACUCAAGUCAAGACGUACCUUUCGCUUGCUUGUUGAGUCCGAGUCAGAGUCAAGUUACUAUGACAAUUUCGAAGCCUGCUGGGAGACUCCGACCAUCUAGUUCCUCCGAGUCCGUCCUAUCUCAAAGCUCUGCUAAUUCCAACGACAUUGCAGUCGGGGAACCUCCACAUCGCACAGACACAUGCAAUGUUGUCAUUUUUGGUGAAUCCGGAGCUGGUAAAAGUUCCUUGGUCAAUUUGAUCGCUGGGAAGGAUGUAGCAGCGACAUCCUCAGAUACUGCGGGAUGUACAACCGGAACCAGUGUGCACGAGAUUUUGAUUCGGAACGAGACGUUGAAGGUAAAGCUUUUUGAUACAGCUGGUCUCGACGAGGAUCCUCAAGGUGCAGUCCCAGAUAAGGAAGCUCGAAGAAUUUUGAAAAAGCUAGUCCACGCUCUAAUGGAGCAAGGCGACAUUCAUCUCAUCAUUUACUGUGUGCGGAGUGAGAGAGUGAUUCGGACGCUCCGCCGGAACUACGAGUUCAUUCACUCCCAAGUCAAGAGGAAAGUUCCAAUUGUCCUUGUCGUCACAUCUUUGGAAUCCUACAAACAAGACAUGGAGGAGUGGUGGAGAUUGAACGAGAACACCAUCUCAGAACUUGGGAUGACCUUUGCUGGCCACGCAUGUGUCACCACGGGGAUGAUCACACAAUCUAAUGUGACGGAACGCGGCCGCAAACAGUCGUACGACGCUGUGUGCCAGCUCAUCGAACAGUGUCGUUCGAAUGAGUCAGUGUAUUACACUGGACCGUCACAAGGCACUACUUACAACAUCCCUUCUAAAUUGGCUGCGAGUAGCAACAGGCAUACAAAUAUCGUCCUCUUUGGGCAGGCGGGGGCAGGCAAAAGCUCGCUUGUCAAUCUCAUGGCGGGAGAGAACGUGGCAAGAACAUCCAGUGACAUGAGAUCUUGCACAUUGCACUGGCAAAAAUAUCCCAUCGAAUUCGAUGGCAAGUCUUAUAACGUGUUCGAUACCGUUGGGCUCGAAGAACCACAGCUAGGAAUUCCACAGUACCUCGAUGCUAUCGAGAAUGCCUAUAGGCUCAUCCAGGAUUUGGAGAGACAAGGAGGGAUUGAUUUACUUCUGUUCUGCAUGCGCGCAGGCAGAGUCACAUCUACCGUCCAAAACAAUUACCGGCUCUUUCACGAAUUCCUUUGUGACAUGAAGGUUCCCGUCGUUGUGGUGAUCACGUACCUGGAAAACGAGGUCGGAGAAAUGGAUGACUGGUGGAAGAGAAACAAAUACGCUUUCGAUGGACGCGAGAUCUAUGUCGCUGGUCACGCGUGCAUCACCGCCAUCCGAGGCAAUUAUCCAGACCGGUAUGAACAAUCGCGAACUACGAUCUGCAAGCUUGUGGCUGCUGAUGGGCAGAGGGAGGCAUGGAAAGGAGGAGACAACACGUUCGUGUCGUUCAUGCGUAAGCUGACGGGGCUACUUGCGGGGAAGGAGAAAUCGCGUAUGAGGAAGAACAUGGUGUCUUGCCUCAUCAAGCGUUGCGGUCUUUCUUCAGAUGUCGCGAAACAGUUAGCUGACAGGAUUAAGAAUGGCAUGGUAGGGAGAGCAACUUGA